CCUCAUCCGACCACGUGGCAAGGUUAUGGGAGUUGCAACCGGGAGAGACAAUAAGACAGUAUAACGGUCAUCAUAAGGCCGCAGUCUGCGUUGCAUUAAAUGACUUGUCGGUUGGAAAUUAG